UGAGCCGCAACUUGAGCAGGUCAACCAGGCUGUGCGUCCGCAAUGGCCCAAGCAAAAUCAAGACCUGGAUUUUCCAGCCGCGAAGCCCAGGGUUCCAGACCCAGGCCUUGGAGGGUAAAGGCCCUGGGGGAACCUUUAAGCAUCAUUCAAAGAAGUUCUUAAAUCCAGUCGCAUCCGCUGGCGCCCCCAGACAUUCUAGGAUCUAACCACGGAGCAAACUGGAGCAGAAUUUCCAAUCUCGGCAUCUCUGUCUGAUAGACGCCACCUCCAGUCCCAGCUGCAGAAGUCGCUCUGCCGGUGGACAUGGCCUGCAGAGGCCUCCUUCAACCCAGCGGCCUGGCCUGCGCUCUGCAUCUGACCUUAGCAUGGGCCCUGCUGGGGAUCUGCGGAGGGAGCCACCCACCCCCAGAGAGGUCCCAGGGACACUCUGGACUGCCAGCCCACCUGACGGAAGACCUCCAGGUCUCGAUUCCCCAACCUUACUUGAAGAUCCAAGACCCUGACUCACAGGGAUCCCCCUUGCCGGGACCGUGUUGUCUCAAAGAGGUGGACACCCAGGAGGCAUCUGGCCCUGGGAUCUCCCCGGAGCGCUGUGGGACCCCAAACCCCAGGUGCGAAUCCUUCCUGGGACACCUGCAACUUGCCCUCCGCAGUCGCUUCCGCUUGGUGCUGCUGGGGGUCCACCAGGAGCAGCCGCUCUGUGCGGAGCUCUGCCAGGCCUGGUACGCCACCUGCGAAGCCGCUAGCACCUGCGGCCCGACUUGGCUCCCACUUCCAGAAAAGAGAGGCUGCGGGCCGGCUGCCGUGCCUGGCUGCCGUACCUAUGGGCAGACCUUCGCUGACGGUGCGGAUCUUUGUCGCUCGACUCUGGGCCACGACGUGUCAGUGGCACCUCCUGGCGCCCCUCACUGCCUCAAUAUCUCCACCUCGGUGCAGCCGCGUCCCAGACCCGGGCGGCGGGUCCGGGAAGCUCCCUCUGGGCGCCCGAGCCGCCGCCGCCGCCGCCGCCGCGGGAUCCUGGACGCUGCAGGCAGCGGGAGGGGGCUGCGGGCAGCGGGAGUGGAAGCGGGAGCGGGAGCGUCCCCUAGCGGACACCUGGCCUUGAGCGGGAGACGGGUCCCUUCACAAGCCCAGCCCCUCGGGACACCCCGGGCGCCACCCCUGUCCCUCUGGAUUCUAGUUCCCAGUGUCCCGCCCUUCUUCCACGUGACUCCAGAAACUCUCCCCUUUCCCCAAAGUUAG